AUGGAUGUUAAUGUGAUCCCAAAUAAUAUGGAAAAAUACAUCUCAUUCUCACUGGGUAAAAAUCUGGUCUUCAUAGACUCUAUACAGUUCAUGGCUUCUUCACUGGAAGCACUGGUGAGUAACCUUUCACCUGAGGACUUCAGGAUAGUAGGUAAGAGGUGGAAGGGUGAGGACUUCAAUCUAGUAACACAAAAAGGAGUGUUCCCAUAUGAGUUCCUAGAUGAUAUUAGCAAACUCAAUACAGAAGGUCUUCCGAGCAAGGAUAAGUUCUACUCGUCACUGUAUGAGUCAGAGGUGAAGGAGGAAGAUUACCAGAGAGCUCAGAAAGUAUGGGAUCACUUCAAGAUGAAAACCAUGAGAGACUACCACGACCUCUACUUGGAGACUGACGUUCUUCUGCUGGCCGAUGUGUUCGAAAACUUCAGGAGAACAUGUCUGGAAAGUUAUGAACUUGACCCCGCACAUUACGUGUCAGCACCUAGUCUGAGUUGGGACGCUUUCCUGAAAAAGUCAGUUGAAGAAAUAGAACUCGUAAGUGAUAUGGAUAUGUUCCAGUUCUUCGAAAAGGGUAUGAGAGGUGGUACAAGUUAUAUUGCUCAUAGACACUCAGCAGCUAAUAAUAAGUACAUGGAGACGUACGAUGAGUCGUCUGAGAACAAGUACCUAAUGUACCUCGACGCUAAUAAUUUAUAUGGCUGGGCAAUGUCACAACCACUACCUAAUGGAGAGUUCGAGUGGGUUAAGGAAUUUGACGGUACGAAUCUAGAGGAUUACUUGGGAGACAGCGGAAGGGGAAUGGUUUUGGAGGUUGACCUGGAAUAUCCACAAGAACUUCAUGACCUACAUAACGGCUAUCCUCUAGCACCGGAGAGUAAGGAAAUCAGUGCUUCUAUGUUGUCAGAUUAUGCGAAGAGUAUUGCUGAGAAAUUCCAACUGACAAUUGGAGGAGUAAGAAAACUAGUGACUUCACUAGGUCCCAGGAAGAAGUACGUCUUACAUGUACGUAAUCUGAAACUGUACACAGACCUUGGGAUGAAACUCACAAAGGUUCAUAGAGCGGUUACAUUCAAGCAGUCUCCCUGGCUAAAGGACUAUAUAGACUUCAAUACGAAGAAAAGGUUUGCAGCCCGUAACACGUUCGAAAAGAACUUCUUCAAGUUAAUGAACAACUCGAUCUACGGAAAGACUAUGGAGAAUCUUAGAAAAAGGGUUGAUGUGAAAUUAGUGUCCUCCAAAGACGACCUCCUAAAACUGACAGCAUCACCUUGCUUCCAGUCACAUCGAAUCAUGAAUGAGAAUCUUAUAGUGGUAAAGAGGAUGAAAGAAGUGCUAACGCUGAAUAAGCCGUGUUACGUAGGAAUGAGCAUCUUAGACUUAUCUAAGACUUUAAUGUAUGAUUUUCACUUCAACACCAUCAAGAAGGAGUACGAUAAUAAUUCAAGGCUACUGUUCACUGAUACUGACAGUCUAAUGUAUGAACUGAAGACGGAUAAUGUUUAUGAGGACUUUAAGAGAAUUGGCGAAAAGCAAAACUGUUGGGAUAAUUCGGAUUACCCAAAAGAUUCUCCAUACUACUCAACUCACAACAAGAAGGUUAUAGGUAAGUUUAAGGAUGAAGCUGAAGGAGUACCUAUAAUUGAGUUUGUUGGGUUGAGGUCAAAAAUGUAUUCCUAUGUAAAGGAAAACGGUGGAGGUGGAAUGACUGCUAAAGGAGUUAAAAAGUAUGUCAUCAGAAACACGCUCACUCACGAGAACUUUAAGAAUGUAAUUAAUACGAAAGGUAGGAUGAGACAUAAUAUGAAUACAAUCAGAAGCGUAAAGCACACAAUUGGAACUUACGAAUUGAAGAAAGUUACUCUUAGCUGUUUUGAUGACAAAAGAUACUUACUUGAAGAUGGAGUUACAAGUUACGCCUAUGGACACCACGCAAUUGAAAAAACAGACGUUGAAGGGGUGAUUGAAGAAAAAAUAAAACAUAGCUGUGUACCAAUAAGGGUCGAACCUAAAAGUGAAUACUGUACAUUCAAAAGAGUAGAAAACAUCUACGAUGAGAUCCCCGAAAGUAGAGUAGUAUUACCCGAAAAAGCAACCAUAAAAACAAAUAUGACAGAAUCAGAAGUGUACGGGGAAUAGUUACGAAACUGUUGGGAUAAGGAGAGUUCACUUGCAAAAUACGCAGAAUUAAAUUUCUACAAUCUAGAAUUGGAGGAUGAUGUUUUUGAAAACGACAAGGAAAAUAAAAUAGAACCAGAACCAGAACAAGAGAACUGGGAAUAUGAUUUAGAAGAACUCCAGAAAAUAGCGGAGCAAAUCAAGAGGAGGAGGGAGUCCAAGAAACUUACCCCAUUAAGAAUGAUUUUACCAGACACUGAGUCCAUUAAGAGAAAAAUGGAAAUCCUACCUCCAGGAUCAAAGGAAGAGCUAAAAAUACUAUUAAAACAAAAAAGAGAAACACUAGAAUUAAUCGGAACUAGGGAAUUAAAAAAAUAG